UUUUGCGCGAUGGGAUAACACUGAACAGCCUGCCGAAGUUAUGUUCACUAAAUCACAAUAAUGGUGGCGCUGUUUCGGCGAGCGUUCAAAACUUCAAGCGCCACCCAUACCACGAACUCGGGGGAAAAACACACCCUAUUUAUCCAUAGUUGCUGCAACAUGUCCACUAGGAUUUUAUACUAAUGGCGCUUUUAUUAUCAGACAUAUUUAAGCAUUCGGGACGGGGUCCGUGCUUGUUUUAACGCUUUGGUUGGUCGCUUGAGUUGUGAUUUUUAACCCACAGCAGUCAUGUUCUGCAGAAACCAAACUUCCAGAGCCACCGUGGCCCGUGGAUCCGCGAUGGAGAUGGAGGUGAAGAGAGGCCGGUUCCGCCUGAGCGUGCUAGAGGAUUCCGCACAGGACUGUGAGGUCCAGAGACGGAUCGAGAGAGAGGUGAGGAUCAGAGAAGGGGCCUGUAAGCUUUUAGCUGCAUGUUCUCAGAGAGAUCAGGCUCUGGAAGCUUCCAAGACUCUCCUCACAUCCAACAGUCGCAUAUUGGCCCUCAUGACCCAGCUGCAGCGUAUGAAGGAAGCCCAGGCCAUGCUGAGAGCAGGACGGAGGUCAUCUAAUGGUGGGUCUGUUGAUGAGCGAUUACCUUGUACUGGAAAAGUGGCCCUUUCAGAUAUUCGCAUUCCUCUGAUGUGGAAAGACUCGGAGUAUUUCAAAAACAAAGGAGAGCUGCACCGGUGUGCUGUGUUCUGUUUGCUGCAGGUGGGGACAGAAAUUUAUGAUACAGAUCUCGUUUUAGUGGACAGGACGCUCACAGACAUCUGUUUCGAUGAACCAGUUAUAUUCACUGACGUACCUCCAGGCUUUGACCUGCGGGUGGAGCUCUACAGCUGCUGUGUGGAGGAGGAAUUCAACACGGGCUUCUCCACUCGGAGACUGAGCCGUCUGGGAAGCGCUUCCAGUAAGAAGUUCAUGGCAUCUUUAGAGACAGCAGCUUCCUGCAGUUCCCACAGCAGCGGAGCCGGAUCACCCGGAGGAGAAUCACCGGUUCUGCUGCCUGCUCUGUCUGUACGGGGCCCUAAAUAUCACCUCCUGGCCCACACAUCUCUGACCCUGUGCCACGUACAGAACUCCUUCCGAACACAUGACCUGACAAUAUCAGACACAGAGGACUCUUCGUUCUGGUUGCCGCUCUAUGGUAACAUGUGCUGUCGUCUCGUGGCCCAGCCUCUCUGUAUGACUCAAGUUGUUACGUGUGGAAAACUCAAAAUUUGGUCAGAGAGCAAUCCUGAGGACUGGAGAGACGUCUACGCUGUCCUGAGUGGGUCAGAUUUAAAGUGUUACCGGCAGCAAGAUGACACAGAGACAGCACUGUUUACUAUUCCAAUUAAUAAGGACACCCGUGUGCGCGCCACAGAGAGGGAUCCAGCUCUGCAUACUCACAGUAUCACUAUAACAAACCAGAGCGGCGAGGAGACCACAUACACAAUUGUCACGCACACAUCCAAAGACACACACAACUGGAUGGAAGCCUUUUGGCAGCAUUUCUAUGACAUGAGUCAGUGGAAGCAGUGCUGUAAUGAGCUCAUGAAGAUCGAGGAGAAUUCUCCAAAGAAAAUGACACUGACGUUAAAACAAGGCUCCCUGUAUCAUGAAAUGGUUACACCUCCAUCAUCUCAGACCAGAAACCAUCUGCAACCCCUGAACAGACCUGUUUCUUCUGAAAUCCAAAGCCUGCUGUCCACCUAUUAUAAUGAGAGUUACUGAUGGAUCGAACAAGAAUACUAAAGAAAAAAACCUUUGUGCACACCUCAACACACCCCAGUAUAUUGCAUCACACAAAUCUUUGUAAGCAUUAGUGUGCAGAAUUUUUUAGAGGGGAAAACUUACUUUCUUUACAUUAUGUUUUGUUUUUGCCAAAAUAUCGUAUAGGCUUAAAACUUUGUUUGUCAUACACACAGAAUUGCAAUGUGUUACAAAAGACAAUAACUUAGCACACCUACACAGCAAUUUGGUUGCUAAGAACAACAGCUAAUUAUACAGUUUAGUGUCAUUAUGGAAAAAUAUGUUCAGAAUUUAGCGUUCCAAAGAGACAAUUAGUCAAUUCUUAAUAUACAGUUUUAAAAUAUUUAUUCAAAAUAUAUACGUAUAAAGUAUGUACGAAGAUGUUAUACAUAUAACUUGAUCCUGUACAAGAUCAGAGCUUACAGUUAAUGUGUUGCUGGAUUAAAAUAACAUACCUUUAUAACUGACUGGAACAUUUGUACUUGCUACAAGCUAUGGAAAUCCUGCAUGACAAGUGUUUUUUUUUUUGUUGUCGUAGUUGGUAAUUAUUGUAUCACCCUGGAGUCUUUCAAGAGUAUUGAACAACUACCUUUCAUGACAAAUCUUUAUAUGAUUUAAAAAUAUUAAAAAACAAAACAAUCAACCAGCCAACCAUCCAACGAAGUUAUUAAAUAACCCUUGUCUUUUCAUUUUAAUUUUUGAUCUAUCAUUGCCAAUGAUAGCUGGAAAGGUAGGACCUACAGGACUUGUUGUGAUUUGUAUUACAUAAGGAAUGGAAUGCAUUGAUCAAAUAUGUUCACUGAUGCAGUUGACUGUUGAAAAAAUUGUUGACUAAUUUGUUUUAUUGUAUGAUUUAUAACCUUCUUAGCAACUGACUAAGUGGUUAAGGCUCUUUAUAUUAAUAACUGGGCAAUCCUAUCAAACAGUCUCAGUCGUGUAUAUAAAAUUGGAAUAAUGUGAUUUAUCGGUUAAUAAUUUGGGUGGUAACGCAAAGGUUGUAGAUUCAAAUCCUAGAAAGACACCUGCCGCCAUUUUGUCCAACAAGAUGUCAC